AUGAGCCAUCACGCUUCGGAUCCCGAAAAGGCGGGCUUCGAGCACGCCGACGACACAGUCAGGUCCAACUCCAUCACCGGCUCGCAAGAUGUCGACAUUGACGGAGGCUUCACAAAGGAGGAGCAGCGCGCCAUCAUCCGUCGUGUCGAUCGUCGUCUCGUCGUCACCGUUGGCGCCAUGUACUGUGUCUCGCUGAUGGACCGAACGAACUUGUCUGCCGCGGCCAUUGCGGGCAUGACCAAGGAGUUGCAACUUUUCCUCAACAACAGAUAUAACAUUGCCUCGCUCCUCUUCUUCAUUCCGUACAUCAUCUUCCAGCCGCCCUCGACCAUCAUCGUCCGUAAGAUUGGUCCCCGUAUUCAUCUCGGCGGUCUAACUACGCUUUGGGGUGCUGUUAUGAUUGGUAUGGGCUUCGCACGAAACUACACCCACCUGUAUGCGUGCAGAAUUCUGCUCGGUGUCCUCGAGGCCGGUUUCUUCCCCAGCUGUGUCUACCUUCUUAGCACGUGGUACACCAGAUAUGAGGUCGGAAAGCGAUACUCCGUCUUCUACCUCCUCGGCUGCGUUGCUUCUGCAUUCGCUGGUAUUCUCGCCUACGGUCUCAUGCAGCUCAACGGCCGCGAGGGUCUCACCGGCUGGCGCUGGAUCUUCAUCAUUGAGGGAGUCCUGACCUGCGCCCUCGGUAUUGCAGGAUACUGGCUCCUUGUCGACUUCCCCGACUCCAGCCGCAAGUCAUGGAGCUUCCUUGGCGAGCGCGAGCGUGCUUGGGUUGUUGCCCGCGUAAACCGUGACCGUGGCGAUGCUCACAUGCCCGCCUUCAACCUCAGGAGGUUCCUCAGCGCUGGUCUUGACUGGAAGAUUUGGGCGUACGCCAUGAUUUUCUUCAACACCACCACCGUCUCGUACGCCCUGGCCUACUUCCUCCCCAUCAUCCUCCAGGUCAACAUGGGUUUCGACGUCGGUGCCGCUCAAUGCCUUGUCGCUCCCCCGUACGCAUUCGCCGGUAUCAUCAUGUUCGGAACCGCCUGGCUCGGCGACAAGUACAAGUUCCGCGGCCCCGUCAUUCUUAUCAACAUGGUCUUCUGCAUCGUUGGCCUGCCAAUUAUGGGCUUCGCCAACAGCACCGGCGCCCGCUACUUUGGCGUCUUCCUCACGACCGCCGGCGCCAACUCGAACAUUCCUGCCGUCAUGGCGUACCAGGCCAACAACAUCCGUGGACAGUGGAAGCGCGCGUUCUGCAGUGCGACCCUCGUCUCGUUCGGCGGUAUCGGUGGUAUUGCGGGCAGCUUGCUCUUCCGCGAGCAGGAUAAGCCGCACUACCGCCCGGGCAUGUACGCUUGUAUUGCCUGCAGCAUCUUGACCGUCAUUCUCGUCGGUCUGUUGAGCCUCGACUUCCGCCGUCAGAACGGCAAGGCGGAUAGAGGUGAGAAGGAGCUUGAGGCGUCAGAUGAGGGUGCCCAGCCCGGUUUCCGGUACACCUACUAG